GCCGGGUGCAGGUGGAGGCGGCGGCAGCAGCGGCUGGUUUCUGCGGCGCGGAAGAGGAGCGCCGGGUGAGGCUGCGGCGGCGGGGGCGAGGCGAGGCGGAGCCGGGCGCGGGAUGCUGUGAGGGGCGCCUCGGCCGCUCGCCGCCUGGGACGGGCUUGGCCUCAGCCGCGGCUGGCACCUGCGAGGGCGGCCCACGCGCGCCUGCCGCUCCCUCGGCCGUAUUCGCAGCGGCAUUUUGGCAAAUGUGCGCUCCCCAAAGUUGACCAUCGGUUUAAAGAUGAGUGACGAAACCAUCCCUGAGGAGGUCUCCUCUCAGAGUCAACAUUACUUUGACCGAUUCUCAGAAGACGACCCCGAGUACCUGCGCAUCAGGAACAUGGCUGCAGACCUGCGCCAAGACUUCAACCUGAUGGAGCAGAAGAAAAGAGUCAGCAUGAUUCUGCAGAGCCCCUCUUUUAGGGAGGAGCUGGAGAGUCUCAUCCAAGAACAGAUGAAGAAAGGAAACAACUCCAACAUCUGGGCCCUUCAGCAGAUAGCCGAGCUCAUGGCCACCACGGCUCCCUCCGUCUUUCCUCCGUCGCCCUUGAGCCUUUCUACAGUGACCCCCAUCAAUGACCUCCAUAGCACGGAUUCUGUGUCCCUGGCCAAAGGGGAGCGGCUCAUGCGCUGCAAAGUUGGCAGCGUCUAUCGGCUGCUGGACCUUUAUGGCUGGGCACAGCUCAGCGGCACCACAGUCACGCUGAGAGUCAGCAAAGAACAGGAACAUUUCCUGGUUUGUCCGGAAGGCCUUUCCUGUCAUGAAGUUACAGCAUCCAGCUUGAUUAAAGUGAACAUCCUGGGGAAGGUGGUAGAGCAAGGCAGCACCAGCUUUCCAGUGGACCCCCAAGGAUUCAGCCUGCACUCGGCCAUCUAUGCGGCUCGACCUGAUGUGAGAUGCAUCAUCCACCUGCACACGCCAGCCACAACCGCAGUCUCCGCAAUGAAACAAGGUCUCUUGCCAAUUUCCCACGAUGCACUGCUGGCAGGUGACAUGGUGUAUUUUGACUUCAAUGGCGAAAUGGAGGGAGAGGCAGACAGAAUUGAGUUGCAGAAAUGUCUUGGACCCACCUGCAAGGUUUUAGUACUCCGGAAUCAUGGCCUGGUGACUCUUGGAGACACGGUGGAAGAAGCGUUCUACAAGGUCUUCCAUCUGCAGGCGGCCUGUGAGGUCCAGGUCGCUGCCUUGUCUAGCGCUGGUGGACCCGAGCAUCUCAUCCUCUUGGAGGGGGAGAAACAAAGGCCUCAUGAUGUGGGUCUGGUCCGAUGGGCUGGCAGCACCUUUGGGCCCAUGCAGAAGAGCCGCCUAGGAGAGCAUGAAUUUGAAGCGCUAAUGAGGAUGCUGGACAAUCUAGGCUACCGGACUGGCUAUGCUUACCGUUACCCAUUUGUCCAGGAGAAGACGAAGCACAAGAGUGAGGUGGAGAUCCCAGCCACCGUCACCGCCUUUGUCUUUGAAGAGGAGGCAGGGCCCAUCUCCACCCUCCGGCAACAUGCCCAGAAACAACAGAAAGAAAAGACUCGCUGGCUGAACACACCCAACACCUACCUGCGUGUGAAGGUGGCUGAGGACAGCCAAGGCGGCACCAGCGGCCAGAGAACCAAAGCCACGUGGAUGAAAGCGGACGACGUGGAGAAAUCCAGCAGUGGCAUGCCAAUCCGAAUUGAAAACCCCAACCAAUUUGUGCCUCUCUAUACAGACCCACAAGAAGUCCUGGAAAUGAGGAACAAGAUCCGAGAACAGAACCGCCAGGAGGUGAAAUCGGCCGGACCUCAGUCCCAGCUGCUGGCCAGCGUGAUCGCAGAGCAGAGCAGGAGCCCGGUAGGCAUCUCUACCGAGAGUCAUUUGGCCGAUGGAGAGGUGAAGGAUGACUCCGGCGUGGAGGCCUCUCUUGAGCCCGAGCCCCCCAACCCCUUCAGCCAGCUAACUGAUCAGGAACUGGAGGAGUACAAGAAAGAGGUGGAAAGGAAGAAGCUGGGCCUGGACGGUGAAAAGAAGGACAGCGGUCCAGAGGAGGAAGUGAUGUCUCCUGAAGAAUCCACUGUCAGUCCUCCCGAACAGAGCCCCACAAAGCCUGGGGCAAGGAGCCCUGCCAGGUCUCCCUCCAGAGCUCCGGAAGGUGGGAAGAAGCCGGGCAGCAGCCAGGGGCCUGCUGAUGCUGCUGCAGCCGACAAGGCCGAGCCAGAGGCGGUGGAGGUCAACGGGGAAGAGGAGGAACAAACAGUUGAAGAGCACCUCAGCAAGGGGAUCAGCCAGCUGACCACCAACGCAGACACCACCGAGGGCCCAAAGGACAAAACCGAGUCGGUCACCAGUGGGCCUGUGAGCCCUGAAGGUUCCCCUUCCAAGUCUCCCUCCAAGAAGAAGAAGAAAUUCCGGGCCCCCUCCUUUCUGAAGAAAAGCAAAAAGAAAGAGAAGGCAGAAUCCUGAGGCCCUCCCUUUCCCCACGCACGCACACCGCCUCUUCUUCUCUCCUCUUCUCCCCUUCCUCCUCUUGCCUUCUGCUGCCCCCUCCGAUCUCGCUAUGACAUCAUGAGGAUAAUGGGGGAAGCUUCCCCGGCAAUGGUCCAUCUUUUAAAAAUGCCCCAAAGAGGAGCCCGGCUUGGAAUGGCGCUCCUCUCGGAGCUGUCUUGUGGAGCCCUUGGGGAAGCAAGAAGCACCUGAGGCAUCUCCCCUCUUUCACCCAUGUCUAUGGAUCCACAGAUGCAACCACGCUGGAGAGAAAUCUGCGGGCAUCUUAAGUUCCGUGUGGGAGGGAGAGGGUGCAUUUCACAUGCCCAUCAGCCGCUUCUAGCCUGUUGCUCUUGCACAAAGGCGGGAAGCCAUGGAGUGCUGCCCAAGGGCUAUUCGGAGGCCCGUGGGUGGCCCUGAAGCAGGAGGGAGCUUGCACCCGUGGUGGUGGAGGGGGGGGCAGGGGGACUUUUUACACUUGUUAAAUGGCCUCAUCUUCUCUGAACUUCAGAAGCAGAAUGAAGCUUGCAUUGCAGCCGCAGCUGCCAGAGAAACCCAAUAUGUAUUGUGGGGUAAUCUGACCAGGAGGCCUUCCACCACCACCCACCUCCUUUACCUGCGGCAGGGUGACCCCAAAGGCUUUCGGAGAAUCAGGUGGGUACUGUGGGGCAGCACACCCAGAGACAGGGGGCAGCGAGCAGCAGCCAUCCUGGGCGGUUGCAGGAAUGGUGCAAUCUUCCAGAGCCCCCCUCAGGAGCCCCCCUGAAACCACGGAUAGAAGCAAAUCUGGGUGAGUGAAGGAGGAGUGAAAAGGGAACGCAGGAGGUUCCGUGGGUGCUGGGGACACACCGCUUGGGUGUCUUGCACCAAGUGUCUUGAGUUGGGGCAGAUUCUGAAUUGCAUCGAUGAACGUCCCAACUUCUCAUCUACAACGGGAAAAGAGGGCAGGUGUAAUACAAAACCAUUAGAAGGGGCCAGAUUAGGCAGCAGUUGGUCUGCAAGUUCCUUGCUGCUCGGCCAAUUUUUGAGAUCGAAAAGUUCCCUCUCAGGUAGACUGCCGAGUCUCUUCUGACCUGCCAUCGAAAGGGAAAUAUGGAACCCCAUUCUGGAGUGGUCUCAGGUGGGUCAGAAAUCUGGAGUUCACCUCACCUGCAUCGCUUCCAGCUAUUAUUCCAUGUCAGUCACGUAAGUUCUACUGUGUCCAUUGGGAACAUCAAGAGCAAAGAACACACAUGCACGCACAUAGUUGCACACAUGCACACACACUGCCAGUAAUAAUUUGUGCAAUGAGUACUACUGAAAUUGCAAUGGAUUAAGCUUGUAGAAGUAAUUUCUCACUGCACUGUUAAGGAAUAUUGUUAUGCGUAAUUUAUUUACUGAAGUGGUGAUAAAGUUUGCUGCGAUCUCAUUCUGCUUUAAAGAAUAUGUAUUCCGUGCAGAAAUGGCCUUUUGCUGCUCCCAAAAGAAGCAAUGUGGUGUCUAGCAUGGCUCAUAAACACUCGGCUGGGAUACAGAGGCAGAGUUUUACUUCCCUUUGUACGACUAGUAGUGCCAGCCAGCAGAACCACCCGCUGGUCUUGAGGUGGCAGAAAGAUCGUCCUUGAAAACUGCUCAAAAUCUUUGUGUAGCUUCAUUUCCUUCGCCAACCUUUCUGCCCCAGUUGAGAUUUCACAGAGUGGCAGUCAAGGUGGGCGGGACUGGUCAGUUGGUGAACUUUUCUCUGUCAACUCUUGCCUAUCCCUUAGGCCACUUUCUGUCAUCCCAGCCUUCCUUGGUCUUCCCCACCUGCUUAGGCAGUGGGGCUCCAUCACAGACAAAGGCUGGGCUUCAGCCCCCUCCCCCACCAUUUUCCUUUCCCUUCUAUUUCAAAAGGACAAAGAGGCAUCAAGACCUUGCAGGAUCCCAAACCUGCCUGGCAGGAGAUCAACCUCCCAUUUUGCUCUGUUUCUUCCUCUAAAAACAAGGCGAGGGAGGGAGCCUGAGAAAUUCAUGGGCACACUCGGUGCCAUAAGCAGAUUGCUUCUUCAAAUGGGGACUUUGGGAUCAAGCAGCCUUUGGAGAAAGUCAGAUUGUUGCAGACCCUAAUUGCUGACACCCAGACCGGCUGCAAGAAGAAAACUCCAUGGGUGAAAUGGAAGGAAAGAUUCCCCUCUUCAGGGCUAUAUGGCUCUAAUUUAAAUUGGCCUGUUGGAAGCAGCUUUUCAGUUCCUAAAAAAUAAGGGGUUUUUCCCUAGAAACUCCUAAGUGUAACCUCUCCUCCCCUUGCUUGCAAGCACUUCUAACAAAGCUGCUGAACUAUUUGCAGGCUAGGAGCAGCCUGUCAUGCUGACAACUGCAGUUCCAGAAAUGGUCCAUCUCCUAGAACUGGUUCAUGGCAGGACUUGAAAUAACAGGCUGAAGGCAGCCAGCCUUCUGCCUGCAGAUACCUUAUUCCAAGGUGCUAAAAAAAUAAAAUAAAAAUAUUACAGCUUAGCGUUUUAAAGUGGAAAUUAGCAUCAUGGGGGGGGAGAGAGAAACUUUGCUCCAUUGGAACAAAUUGUGCCAGUCCUGUUCUUGUAAUAAGGUGCUUUAAAUGUUUCCCACAACAGCUUCAAUUUCCCCAGAGAGUGUGGGAGACGAACAGCUCCCAGCAACAUGAAGCAGGUUUUACAGAAAGUCUUUUAGGCCUUGUGGUUGGAAUAGAAGCUGAAGAUUUAAAAUGACCAAAAGAAAAGCGGGGGUGAAUACAACAGAUAGAGCUACUUUUGCAGCUUCCAUUGCCACAAGAUCAAGUCCAGGCAGCAGCAGGCGGAAACCUCCACGCAAAACUAUUUUUCCUGAGAGCCCAAGACAGAAAAGGGAGAAACCAGCAGCUCCUUUGAGCCAAUCGUGGGGCAUUUGGCCGAGCGAUGCUGCAGGUGAGAGGGCAGGCCACUUGAACCCAUUUCUCACAUGUUCUCAUACGAUGGGGUUGACUUACUGGUACCUAAAAACAUACAAAUUGCAAGCACAGGGAGAGGAUGUCCUGAGAUCCGCCCUGCGAUAAAAUACAGAUCCGCCCUUAGCUCUCAAGGUGAGGCUCUACAUUCUAGAAGGGAGCUAGUUCACGUGGCAGGCAAAGAUGUUGUGUUGCUCCUUUUGUGUAUGUGCUUGUGGAAAUGCAUGCGAGGAGGCCUAAUGCCAUUUGGUGGUGAAACAGGCAAGCCGCCUUCUGCUUGAACUCGAUGGAAAGGCAGGUUUUCUUUGUACUUCAAAAUUUAAAUUGGUGCUUUGCAAAGAGCUGCUCAUUUCUCUUAUAACAAGGACCAAAUUCCCUUUUGUCAAUAGGAAAUUGAGAAGUAAAUAAUUCAGAAUAUGCAAAGUAAACAGCUGGAGAUGUUUAGCAAAAUAUUAAAAUAUCUCUGACUUUGGUGCUUCCACAUUAAGCCAUUUAAUGACAGGCAUGUACAGAGAAUCCACCUAGAAAGGGGCCGAGGGGGAUUUGAGUUGCCCCCCUCUUUAUGUCCCUUUCUGAGCUGUUGCUUCUGGCAAGCUAUGCAGGUUGAAGAGGAGCUGCUGCUUGGUCCAUGAAGCAGUUUGGACCCUCGGCUGUGGAUCCCAAGAGUCAAACUCCAUAAUUGAAAGAAAUGGGCAUAAAUGGAGAACUCAUUACAGUUAUUAAGCAAGUAUUUAAAUCAAACUGCACCUUCCUUCCUGAUUUUGUAGCUUCAAUGGCAUGCCAAAGUUGAAACAACAGAGGCAAUUGAUUCUGAGUUUGUGUGUCAGAACAGCAGCUGAACAAAUGCUAUCAACCCCACUCACUACCACCCUGUUUUCACUACCAAGCAGUCCGACAAAGAAUGGCCCUGUGAAAUAGCAGAGAGAGAACACCAGACUAACCUCAAUCUUAGUUAGGAACUCCAUCUCCGGUGUUCUUGGGAAAUGACCUGGGGCUCUGGCACAGUCUUUGGUCUCGUCCGUCAUUCAGCUGAAGCAAAACAGUUCACUGAAAGCAGAAAAUGGCACAUACACCAGGUAAAUAAAUGAAGUACUUGCUGAAUUGUCCACUGGCAAUUAGAGGGAUCAAGACUCUUCGGCUUUUCUAACCUGGGCUCUACCAUCUCUUGGAUCAAUUCAAUUCUGUAGCUCUUGGCAGCAGCGAUCUAUUCAUUCUGCCAUUGAAUUAACCCCAAGAAUGAGGAAGGCUUUUUUUCAUCAUAUAUUCCAUUAUUAAGUGGUGGUAAAGUGGAUGCUGCAAAAAUGCAAAACCUUAAGAUACAUUUUUUUUCCUGAGAGCUGACUGCAACAAACGGCCUGGCAAUUGCUUGGCAGCAUAGUUGGCUCUGGUGGCGUUUGCAGGGGCUAGUGGAGUCCGAGGCCCAGGGGUGAAGGUUUUGUAGGAAGGGAUUAAACCGAGGAGCUCCUUGUCCUUUCAGAGGUUCAAAAUGGGGGGAGGGCCAGCGGGAACUUGUCUGAAUGCUCUCAGCAGCUCUGCGAGAGGUUCCACUCUUCUCUAAGGGGCUUUGGGGAGCCAGGGCUGCCUGGGGCUAAUGGAAAAGCUAAGCGAGGCCGGUGCUAGGGGAGUCGAACUAGCUGAGGGGAGGCUUGUUUUCUGUCUGGUUAGGUAGCAGGCUUUUGCCACACAUGGGCUCUAAGAAACAUAGGCGAGACUGAAAGAUGGUGGGGAGAUUAAAAUCUUAAGAGAUAAUCAUAUUAAGUCUUAUUCAUAGCCAACUCGAAACUCCUCUUUGUGUAAAACGGAGAUUACCUGUUUUAGACCUUGGAUCUUUCCUUAUUUUUAGCCACUGCUCUCUCAUUUUGAUGCAGUUAUUUCUCUCAGCUAUAUGUUGGAUGUCAGUUCCAUUUUUUGCAUAAUUUCUCAAAGCAAAAAAUCUGGCUAAAGAGUCAAAUGUUCCUUAUAAUAUCUGAUUUUUUUAAAAAAAAAUCCAAUUAGAUACCCUUCCUCAAGCUUCAUCUACACUAAAUGGGUUCCUGAUGGAUUAUAGCCCUUUGAAAAUAACAAGCAAGUAAAUGUGUUAUUAAAUACCAACGCCUCUCCUUUCCCUUUAUAGGACUUGUAAGAGAGGCACUUAAGUUAGAGAAAAAGACUCCUCACUAUAUAAUUACAUGUCAAUUUAGCAGUUAUUCAUGUAUAAGUCUGUUCCCAAAAACAUUUGUUUCAUGUUAGCUGUUCAGGUUUGGACUUUUGAAAUAACUUCAAUUACUGCUGUAUUGUGCAGAUGAUUGAUGACUUCCCCCCUAAUCCAGAAAAGGUGGGUGGUGUUUCUCCAGUGAAGCUGAGUAAGCCUUUUCCAAGGGAUGAUACAGAAAAGCUCAUCUGAGCAAGGAAUCCAAGAUGAAAAAGUUAUGCUUUUAAGUUCUUUUUCACACUGGAACUUAAACUAGACCCGGCCAUUGGUGGCUCAUAGCCUGGCCUCUUCACUCUUCACCUGUUCUGGCUCUCAGAUGAACUUGGUGCUGAUGGGACAAUCUGAGGGUUUCACUGCUGAUCUGGAAGUGGGCAAAGAUGGGCAGGAAACACAGGCACACAAGGAUGGCCUCUCUAUGGUCUUAGAAAUGAUGCAUGACUUCCAGAGUGGAAGGUAUUGUGCCCUAGAUCACUUUUUAUAUCUGCAAAACAAUGUGAUUGCAGAAUAUACAUAGCUUGAGAUAAAGCUAAUCAUCUCAACAAGGAUGUUGAGACAAAACAACACUGACAUUUCUAAAACAAGGAAAAGGCAGUGAUAGCUUUGCUGAAAUUAUGAUUGAUAUCUGACAAACAUCAAACCAGAACUACUUGUAGGUUUAUCUUUGUGUAGCAGGCAGUUCAUUCUUGGAUCGUAUUGGUUAGCUCCUUUGGAGUAGUGGCUGAACUACGUCUAGUCUCAAGUCCUUGAAUGUGGUCUUCCACAGGGGAGGAGAAAAAGUGGCCCAGGGAGUUUACAGGAGUUGAUGGGCAACAUAUUCUAGCUCUGAGAAGGGCAGGAAGGUCUUUCACCCACUAUCAGAGAGAGGCCCAGAUUAGCCAGAAGGAAAUGUAAUAAUAAUGCAAUGUGUCUCAAGUGAGCUGCAAAAAUUAAAUGUCUGUGUCUGACAAUCGUUGCUUUAAAAGUGCUAUUUAAUGUUUCCCUCUGUAAAUAAAGACACUCCCCACUUUGGCCUUUGACUAACAUUGUAAACUCUACCUUUGAAUUUUGUUAUCAGGCAAUCACUUGUGCAACUCAAGAUUCUCUCUCAUUCAAUUACUCCACAAAACCAUGUAUUUUUCUUUCUGUACAUUCAUUUCUUGAGAAAAUUAGACUGGCAACUUAUUUCUUGAUGGUUUGUGUUCCUUGGCAAUUUCAUAACUUCCUUUUUAUAUUGUACUUUGUUUCCAAACACUGGAGUAGCUACUAUCUUCAAAAGAAUUUAGUGAGUUAGCAGUUGAGGCCUUUCCAAUGAUGCCGCUUCGCCAUUCUGCUUUUUGCUGCUGCAUGUUUCUCCUUAAAGGUGGCUGUUCACACUCUUCUGCUUGACCGUCUAACGGUAAUAAAGCAAUUGUAUUCUUCUGCCAAGGCGUUGGUGGCCACCCCCAACCCCAAGACUCCAAAAGUCUAGGCCAAACUGCUAAAUGUCUGAAUAAGAUAUUUCCUUAAACAGCUUUUUGUCUCAUCUGAUUGGUCUAAAAAGAAAAGAAAAAAAAUAUAUACCAAUAAACUUUUAC